GGGCCGGGGGCGGGACGGGCGAGCGAAAGCAAGUCACACAAAGACUACUUAUUGAACGUCGCAGAUAUAGCCAAUUCACGCCGUUUCUGCUCCUCCUGCCUUCUCAGAUCCGCGGGCCUCAAGGCCAACGACGACACCAUCCUAGGUGGUGUUGAGGGAGGAGGAGUAGGCGGCGGCGGCGGACACAGCGCGUCAUGUAAAUACAAGCGCUCGUUCUUCCGCGGGUUUUUGGAUUUCAAGAUCGCCUCCUUCAACUCAUCAGGGUCGAAGGGAGCGCCCGUUUUCGGGUUAAUCUCGUCGUACUUCGGGUCGACCUUCAGGAUGCGGUACCGGUACUUGUCAAUCCUUUCAGUAUCUCUAGGAAACUUCCAGGGGCACUCACCAAUGAGUACAAUGUCAUUCGGUUCGGGCAUUUUGACGUUCUUGGGCGUCCGCAGGUCCAUGACCUUUUUCUUGAGGGAGGCCGUUUCUGCUCUAGCGCGCAUUCGAUCUUCUUCGGUGCCGCCCCUCAAAACGCGUUUCGUCGCCAUCUCGGCCUCGAUCUCAUCCCUCAUCGCCUGCGGGAUCUCGGCGCGGGCUUCCACGGACCACUUCAUGCCCGUGGCCACGGCCUUGUUGUUGUCCUCGAGGGCGCUCGACUUUGCUGAUGCGAGCGCCAUGGUGGUGUCUCAGUGCGUGUCGGUGGUGUCGCGUCGACGGCGUCGGGGCUUGCCUCCUGUCCUGGCCUGCCUUGGUGUCCGUGGGGCGCGGCGGCGGCGUCAGUGCCGCGUGAAGUGGUGGGACCCUCCUGGGCUGCCCCGAGAUCCUAGGCGGCUGCCCGCGCGCGCGACGUCCGCUGCGGCCACGGGGGCUCUUUUGAGGCUCCGUGGGCGACGCCCGGGUCCGGUCUACGGCCCGUGGGUAGCCCCCAGGAUCACAGCGUCCUGA